AUGACAGCAGCAGAAGAAACAGCAGCAGAAGCAGCAGCAGCAGCAAAUGCUGCAGCAGCAGCAAUACCACCAGAGAUACUAGCACAAGCUGAGGCAGUGUUUAACCAGAAGGUACCGCUGCUGCUGCAGCAGCAGCUGCAGCAGCAGCAGCAGCAGCAACUUGCUGAUCUAUCCAUGGUGGGGCUGGACGUACACCACAGCUUCGCCAGCGAGACAGACGGAGACAUCGUACUAGCCAGAGUCGUACAGUGGCUAGAUGAACGCGCAGCCUAG